AUGGAAGGGAAAGACGAGGACGUGAGAGUCGGAGCCAACAGGUUCACAGAGAGGCAGCCCAUUGGGACAUCAGCUCAGACGGAUGAUGCCAUCAAGGACUACAAGGAGGCACCCCCGGCUCCCAUCUUUGAGGCUCUGGAGCUCCGCUUGUGGUCCUUCUGGAGGGCUGGGAUCGCCGAGUUCAUGGCGUCUUUCCUGUUCCUCUACGUCACCAUGAUGACUGUCAUGGGAGUGUCUCAGUCCCGGAACAAAUGCUCCACAGUGGGCACUCAGGGCAUUGCUUGGGCCUUCGGUGGCAUGAUCUUCGCCCUCGUUUACUGCACCGCCGGAAUAUCAGGUGGGCACAUAAACCCGGCAGUGUCAUUCGCCAUGUUCCUGGCAAGAAAACUCUCUUUAAUCAGAGCUCUGUAUUACAUCCUUAUGCAAUGCCUUGGCGCGAUAUGCGGGGCUGCCAUGGUGAAAUGCUUCCAGAAGUCGCAGUACGAGAUGCUCGGCGGCGGGGCCAAUGUAGUGGCCAAUGGCUACACGAGGGUAGACAGCCUGGGUGCCGAGAUUCUGGGAACUUUCAUUCUCGUCUACACCGUCUUCUCUGCGACCGAUGCCAAGCGACAUGCUAGAGAUUCCCAUGUUCCAAUACUAGCUCCACUUCCAAUCGGGUUUGCAGUGUUUUUAGUUCAUCUAGCCACGCUCCCCAUCACCGGGACCGGCAUCAACCCUGCCAGGAGCCUUGGAGCCGCGAUCAUCUACAACCGUGACCACGCAUGGGAUGAUCAGUGGAUCUUCUGUGUUGGUCCUCUUGUUGGAGCCGCACUUGCUGCGCUAUACCAUCAGAUCGUUCUCCGAGCCAUACCCUUCAAAUCCAGGAUUUGAGAAUGCCAAAACUCCCAUUGCUUGAGAAGUUCAUUAUUUCAUGCACUGCGGUUCAUUUGUAUAUGCUUCCAUACGUUACUGUAUAACUUAUUGUACAUGUGGUUUAUGAUCACAAUGCAAUGUACAACUUAUAUAUGGCUUGUUGAGUGAAUCUUAUGAAUGUGGCUCAUUUACUUCAAUAUAAGUACAUUCAAAGGUUC